GCGCCGUAGAUCUCAUCGCGGUGAUUUAAAAUAGUCCCCAAUAUUUAUCGGUAAUCGAGUCAAUAUAUUGUGUCAGAGAACUGAUACUAUUGUGAGGCCAGUCCAUAGAGACCCAGUGCUGAGCUCACAGGAUUUAUAUUACUGGCCUUUCUAUAAUCAGGAUCUAAAUCUAAAGGGGAGCAGAAUGAAGCCAUUAAGCUGCUGUACCUCAACCUGAGCCCCAUGACUCACUGACCAAUCACUGCUGUCUCUCCCCUGUACUGAUAGAGCAGGUGCUGGAGGAAGCCUGAGACUCUCUUGCCACUAUGCCGUUCCUCCAUGGUUUCCGGAGGAUUAUAUUCGAGUACCAGCCUCUGGUGGAUGAGAUCCUGGCAGCAGUGGGAAUCCAGGAGCCGGGGACAUCACAUGAGAGCAGCAGCAGCUUCCUGCUGGGGGAGAGUGAGAAGGUGCUGGAGCUGAAUGAGUUGCUGGAGAGACAUUGCCAGUGUUCUUAUUACAAGGAGGGAGUCAGUUAUUCUCUGAUGAAGGUGGCAGAGCUGGGGCUGAUCCCACCGGCCAAAAUUCUCCUGCAAUGUGGGGCAGAUCUCAGCUUUGAGGAUCCAGUGACCUAUUACACGGCGAUACAUAUCGCAGUACUGAGAAACCAGCCGGAAAUGGUGGAGGUGUUGGUGCAGAGCGGCGCUGAUAUUAACAAGAGAGACAGGAUCCAUGAAAGCAGCCCAUUGGACUUGGCUAGUGAAGAACCAGAAAGAUUACCGUGCCUGCAACGGCUGCUGGAGCUCGGCGCAGAUGUAAACGCAGCCGAUAAAAAUGGGAAGACGGCGUUAUUACACGCGCUGGCCAGCAGUGAUGGGGUUCAGAUCCAUAACAUAGAAAACAUCCGCCUGCUGCUUGAAGGGGGUGCUGACGUGAAGGCGACUACCAAGGAUUACGACACAGUUUUCUCGUGCAUAAUCUUCCUACUGGGCGAGACAGUGGGAUGUGACGAGGAAGAAGCCAAGAUGAUCAAUCACUUCUGCUUUCGAGUCAGCCAGCUGUUGAUAGCCCACGGCGCCAACCCCAGCGAUUGCCCGUCCCACGAGUCCCUGACCCACGCGUGCCUCAAGAGCUUCAAGCUUCACUUUCCACUGCUCCGCUUCCUUCUGGAAUCUGGAGCCUCGUACAAUUGCUCCCAACAUGGACCUUCUUGCUGGUCAGGCUUUCACAUAGUCCUCGAUAGGCUGUGCAGUUAUCUCGGCACCUGCGAUGACGGUGAUUCCAUGGACCUGCUGCAGAAAGCAGAAUGUGCCCUGGACCUUAUGAUAGCCCAGUCCUCUCAAGUCAAACUGCCGAGGAACUUUGAAAUAAACACAGCAGGGUGCAGCAUCCACGCAGACAAAGUGGCUGCUCUGCAUCAGUCGCUGAAAGAGCUGGAGCAUUCCCCUCCCACGCUGAAACACUUAUGUAGGGUAUUCAUACGUCAGAAGCUCCGACCUUGGCCUGUGGAUGUAAAAGUGAAAGCUCUCCCCCUCCCCGACAGGCUGAAAUGGUAUCUACUUCUCAAUCACUCCUCAAUCUGUUCUAAUGAGGAGGAUCUAUAAAGGGCAGGCUUAUUGUAUUUUGCGUACGGUGGCUCAAAUGUAUCAGAACUAAAUCAUAAGCAUCAAGGCACAGAAUGCAAGACCAGCACUGGAUGUCUAGUGGUUUAUUGAACAUAUGGAGACAGACAGACAGACAUCCUGUGUGAACAAAUCUUUUCAUUAGUAUAAUUUGCUUUGUUGGGGGCACAGAGGCGCUUUGUCUUCCAUGAUUUUCCAGUGGAACACCGCAGCAAACGAAAUGCCAUCCCCUUAAGUGUUUAGUUAGGGAGAAGCAAAUACGAAUGAAAAGGGACAGUUUAUUGGCCUCGUGACAGAGAUUCCUCCUAAACCUGCUCUUUGGGGCACCCCUCUGGCAGCCUCUUCACAUUGCUCUCUUAUUAAAUAUGGUGAAAAUGUAAAAAUAUGAACCUGUAGCAUCUAAUCAGAUUUACUUUCAUUAAAGGAGAAGGAAAGCUACUAAAUUAGCCACAAUAGUGCAAGCUAUAGGACUAUAUUUAUUCUGCAGAAUGCUUUACCACACCAGAGCAAACGGCUCUAGAAGCUCUCUUGUUUGUUUAGGAUAGUGUCUGCUAUAUUAGCUUGGUGUGACAUCACUUCCUGCCUGAGUCUCUCCCUGCUCACUCAUAGCUCUGGGCUCAGAUUACAGCAGGGAGGGGAGGAGGGAGAGGAGCAAACUGAGCAUGCUCAAGCCCUAGCCCUGGAGGUUAAACUGAAAGUCUGAUACAGAAGCCCAUGAGUUCACAAUAGAAGGAAAGAAAUACUGUGUUUCUUUUGACAAAGGACUCAGAGCAGCAUUACUUAGAAGGUUUACUGGUGUAUUUAUAUAGACCUUUCUGAUAAGGCUUACUUAAUUAUAACCUUUCCUUCUCCUUUAACGUGACUGAGCAUAUUCCCAUUAACUGCUCCUUCAGCCUCACCCAACUGUCAGUAAUAAUGAGGGCUCAGUCUCUGCUCUGAGGGGUUCAGGUACUAAACAGGCUGAGGCUGCUGCUUAUUCACUGUACAGAUAAUACAAUCUUUCCAGGGGUAGAAUGAAGUUGCUUAAACAUGGAGACCUGUCGGAGGAGGAUGAUUUUCAUACCUGACCAACAGAUAUGUGACCGAUUUUUAGCCAGAUAUCAGUUGGGCAGGCCUGUGGUGGGGUCCAUACACCAAUCAGAACAAAGUCAACAGCUAUUAUUGGUUAAUCCAAUUCUAUUGGACUUUUAACUGGCUGAAGCAGAAUACAACCAAAGACCUGUUGACUUGGUUUAGUUGUGGCCAAUCCUACAGGUGUUAAAAAGGCUUCCAUCCCAUUGGCCAAAAUAGGCACAGUUUGUCAACACCAUUUGGGGUAGUCUUAUUAGAAUGUAUAAAAAGUUUCCCUUUUACAUUGAACCCUUUAAAAAAAAUAAAACGAAUUACCUCCUAUAAAUGAGUUUCUGCAGAGCGGAGACAAGUGCCCUUGCUGGUUCCAUAAUCUAUGAAUUCUUCCCAUUUGCAGAGAAUGAGCUGCCUCCUCUUGCUUUAAUUCAUGGCUUGUGCUUUGGAAAUAGAAAAUGGUACAUUCACAAGGUUGGGUUAUGAUUCGUUUACUGUCUUGGUUGUCGAUGGUUUCAGUUCUCCUUUGUAUGCAUCACCCCAAAAGGCAAAGGAAAGAGUAUUUAUUCUAAUAAAUGUCUUACAAACGC